GGGGCGCAGCGGCGGAUCGGGACAAGGUGGAUACUCGCGCAGGAGAAGUGGAGGAAACAAGGCUGAGUCAAUGUCUGACUUUUGACGGAGUUUCUCGUUACUCACUGUUUAACUCACUAAUGUACGUUUUAGCUCAAACUGUGUUAUUUUCCACUGGAGGAUUGUGUGUUUUUUGUUAGACCUGUCAUCAAGUUUUCGUGCGUAUUCCGAUCUGUUGGGUGACUCCUCCUUCACCUCUACCCACCGCUGGAGCGAUGACCACGGACAGCAUGAGGACUUUUUUAAGGAUAACCCAGUUCAAAACGCUUAAGUCUGUAAAUGCUACACUUCUUGACUGACAAGUUCUUCUAACGCAAAUCAACCGAAGUCCUAAGAAAUGGCUUCUAACAUUAUAGUGGAACAUCAGUUUUCUCAUAAGGUUACAGUCACCGUGGUCAGAGCAGAAAAUGUGACAAAAGGAGCACUGGGAGACUUAUUGGACACUCCAGACCCAUACGUGGAGCUGUUCAUCCCCACUGCCCCCGAAAGCAGAAGAAAAACAAAACACAUCGACAACGACAUCAACCCGAAAUGGAACGAGAGUUUCCAGUUCAUCCUCGACCCAAACCAACCGAAUGUCCUGGAGAUAACUCUAAUGGACGCCAAUUAUGUGAUGGACGAGACUCUCGGAACAGCGUCGUAUGAGUUGAACAAACUCACAAUCGGGGAGACAAAGACAGAGACUUUCCUUAUCGGCAAAGUGACCAAAGUACAAUUGAAAAUGUCUUUGGAGAUCUGCACAAACCAGGACCUGCGCUUCAGUGUGGCUCUGUGUGACAAAGAGAAAGACUUCAGACACACACGCAGAGAAAGAGUGAUGCUCGGGAUCAAGAAACUACUGGACAUGGAGAAGCCACGUCACCUGCCCAGCUCGCCACAUGAGGUCCCUGUGAUCGCCAUAGCGGGGUCUGGAGGUGGGUUUCGGGCCAUGGUCGGGUUCUCUGGUGUUAUGAAGGCCCUGUUUGAGUCUGGGGUCCUGGACUGUGCCACCUACAUCGCAGGGCUGUCUGGAUCCACAUGGUACAUGUCCACUCUCUACUCACACCCGGACUUUCCAAAUAAGGGCCCUAAGGAGAUCAACAGAGAAUUGAUGAAAAGAGUGAGCAGUAAUCCACUCAGGCUGCUACUCCCCCAACAUAUCAGAAACUACAUCCAAGCUCUGUGGACCAAGAAGGCCAUGGGACAGCCAGUCACCUUCACUGAUAUAUUUGGGAUGCUCAUUGGAGAGACUCUUAUACCUGCGAGGAUGGACAUCAAACUGAGUGACAUUCAGAACAAAGUGGACCAGGCUCAGAGCCCUCUCCCUCUCUUCACCUGUCUGCAUGUCAAGCCUGACGUCUCAGAGCUCAUGUUUGCAGACUGGGUGGAGUUCAGCCCAUACGAGAUCGGGAUGGCCAAGUAUGGCACCUUCAUGACCCCGGAUCUGUUUGGGAGCAAGUUUUUCAUGGGAACUGUUGUGAAGAAAUACGCUGAGAACCCUCUGCACUUUCUGAUGGGUGUGUGGGGCAGCGCCUUCUCUAUCCUGUUCAACCGCGUGAUAGGGGUCAAGGACACCACCGGGGGCAGUACCAUGGAGGAAGAACUCGAGCAGAUCAAACCUCAGCACAUCGUGGGAGAGGACAGCCUGGACAAUGAUGAUGAGCCGCGGAAAGCUGGAUCAGAGAACCCGGAGGCGGACGAGGAGUACCACCGCACAGCACAAGCCAGCUGGGUCCAGAGAAUGUUCACAUCUUUCGUCAGCGACUCGGCUCUGUUCAACACGAGAGAGGGACGAGCGGGGAAGGUUCAUAACUUCAUGUUGGGGUUAAACUUGACCCCCAGCAUUCCCUAUAAUCUACAAUACACCUGUGAGGUCCCCACACCUGAUGAUGAAGUGGACGCUGUUACAGACCCAGACGAGUUCGACCGCAUUAACGAGCCUCUGGAUGUGAAGAGUAAGAAGAUCCAUGUGGUGGACAGCGGUUUGACCUAUAACCUCCCAUACCCCCUCAUCCUGAGACCACAGCGCACCGUCGACCUCAUCAUCUCCUUCGACUUCUCUGCACGACCCAGUGACUCCAGCCCCCCAUUUAAAGAGCUGUUACUGGCUGAAAAAUGGGCACGAAUGAACAAGCUCCCUUUCCCAAAGAUUGACCCGAAGGUGUUCGACCGCGAGGGACUAAAAGAAUGUUACGUCUUCAAACCACGAAAAGGAGAGAAGAACUGCCCCACCGUGAUCCAUUUUGUCCUGGUCAACAUCAACUUCAGGACGUACAAGGCGCCUGGUGUUCCCAGAGAGACAGAGAAGGAGAAAGAAGCUGCUGAUUUUGACAUCUUCGACGACCCCGAGACGCCUUUUUCCACGUUUAACUUCCAGUACAACAACAACGCAUUCACCCAACUGCACGACCUCAUGGAGUUCAACACGCUCAACAACCUGGAGGUGAUAAAGGAUUGCAUUAAAGACUGCAUUGUGGCCCGUAAAGAAACCCCCUCGAGUGGCGGUCUCCCCUUUUCCCUCAGCGCCAUCCCCAAAAAGAAGCUCGUCAAACGGGACGUCCAAAGCAAACCGUGGAAUAACUUUGAAAACAACAAACAGUAGUUAAACUUUGUGAUUUAGGGUCAAAUUGAACUUUAGUUUUUCACAUUUUUUCUGUUUUUGAAAGAUGAAUACCUGUGAAACUUAUCUUUAAGUGGCUUAUUUGCACAGCUGCUGCAAAAAACGGUUACGGACACGUUUCUGACUGGAGUUACUGCGGGACUGAGUUGUUCUCAUUAUUGACAUUUGCUGAUAAUAGACUUUUAUAUGUCUUAUACUAUUUUACAUUGAAUUUAUUUUACAUUAUUUUAUAUUGGCAUGGAUCUGUAUAAUGAUUUUUUUUUUAUGAGUUCUCUGGAAAUUGUUGGGUUCUUCCAAUGACUAAAAGUUCACCAACAUUUGACAUUUUUUAGCCUUAAAUAUUUUUUUAUUGUUGUUCUCAUUCCUAUGACGCCGUCUGCCCGGUCUACUGUACAGAUAAGAAACAUAAGGGACCAAACCGUGGAUAUGUGGAAGUUCGAUGUGUUUUUAUUUAAUACUUUUUAAUGGGUUUAUCACAUAUUUUUUGGAAAAUAAAUUAAUAAAUGUCACAUGAUUACACAUUGAAAUAUUCGGUUUUGUGUGUGGAAAUUGUAAAACAGUGCAAAAGAAAACAAACUGUGAAAUAUCAAAACUAUGUCACUUUUUUGUUUGUCAUCUGCUAAUUUCCAUAGAGAUCUCACGUCACCGUCACCAUGGAGACACGCAGGUGACGCUACAAGGCCAAGUUACAGGACAGAUCUGUGGAGAGGCAGCCCCAUUCCUAAAGAUUUUGCAUUUUUGAGAAA